GGAAUUUAGUGCAUUGUCAACUCAAAUGGUCGCCCACUUGGGUCAACUAAGUAGGUCCCACAUGGGAUCCCCAUGUGGGCUACCUGUGUGGGUCCUAGUUGGGUCACUAACUGGGCAGUUAGUGCAUGGGGCCAACAUGGAAACUGUGCACUUACUGUACAACCCAUAUUUCAGGCCAUGUAGUCCCCACAUAGAACUUAAACCUGGGGCCGAGAUGGGUUUUGGUUUACCAAUAUAACACCCAUUGUAAUCCUGCAUGAAACCCACAAGGGCAAUUGGCACGGGGCCAUUAUGGAACCCGCGGACAAUCCCAUAUAGGGCCCAUUUUUCAGCCCAUUUACUACCCACAUUCAAAUGUUGUCUGGGUUUCUGAGUGUGCAUUAUUUGGUCUGCCAUAUAGAGUUAUAUAUGACCCCUAUUAUCACUUAUUCACAAGUGUCUUAUGAAGUUGUUAUGCAUGCCGAAUUGAAGGGCGGGUUUUGGUUAAGCAAAGCAAUGAGUCAUAGCUGCCGAACAAGAUACUUAACGUUCGCUCUAUGAGCAAGAAUACAUGCAUUGACAGAUUUUAGUGUUGGAUUUGGCCUGAGGGCAGCCAAGUGUAGUGCUUUGACUGCAUGCCAUGCCCCAUUUUCAUGAGCUAGUUGUGGCUUAAACCAGGGAUUCUCCAUUUCUCUCAAAGUUUAAUUCUCACACAUGGCUUCAGAACCACUGACUUAAUUUUUGCAUGUAAAUUCAUCUGUCUGUGUAUGUUUAUAUCUGUCCAAUCUGUCUUCUACUGUUUUAUGAAGCCCACACAGUUAAUAGAAAUGUGUUGUUUUUUAUGUGUCUCUCAUCUUCUCCUUCCUGUAGUGUCAGCAGGGAUGGUUCUGCUCCUUGCUCCCCACCUUCUCCAGCAUCACCUCCUCCUCAUCCUCCUCCUCAAGUCCUCCCUUCUCCUUGUCACCCCCCUUCCAUUCCUCCCUCCUCUUCCCCUCCAGCCCUGACUGCUCCUCCCCGACAAGGGCGGCCGUGUUGUGCGGGAGCCAUGGUGGACGUCAGUAAGUGGCCCCUGUUCUCUCUGCUGAGCACUGAGGAGCUAGCCACAGUUCGACAGGCCUGUGUGUUUGGAACCUCCGCUAAUGAAGCCAUCUACGUCACACAUGGCAAUGAGGUCUUUGUGUUUGGGUUGAACAGCAGCAGCUGCCUCGGUACGGGAGACAAUCUGAGCACCAUUGUGCCAAAGAAACUGGACUUCCUGCGGGGGAAGAAGGUAGUCAGCCUGAGCUAUGGAAGCGGGCCUCAUGUCCUGUUGGCUACAGACGAUGGACUGCUGUUUGCGUGGGGGCACAACGGCUACAGUCAGCUGGGGAACGGGACCACCAACCAGGGGCUGUCCCCGCUGCUGGUCACCGCCAACCCGCAGAACAAGAAAGUGAAAGAAGUGGCGUGCGGCUCGCAUCACUCCAUGGCCCUCACUCAGGACGGAGAGGUCUUUGCGUGGGGUUAUAACAACUGUGGCCAGAUCGGCUCGGGCUCCACAGCCAACCAGCCGCACCCCAGGAAAGUCACCGGCUGCCUGCAGGGCAAGACGGCGGUCGCCAUCACGUGUGGACAGACCUCCUCCAUGGCGCUCAUCGACAACGGAGAGGCUUACGGCUGGGGCUACAACGGUAACGGACAGCUGGGUAUUGGGAACAAUGGAAACCAGCUGACGCCGUGCCGCCUCACUGCGCUGCAAGGGCUGUGUAUGCAACAGAUCGUGUCCGGCUACAGCCACUGCUUGGCGCUAACAGAUGAAGGGCUGCUGUAUGCCUGGGGAGCAAACACCUACGGUCAGCUGGGGACCGGAAACAAGAGCAACCACCUCAGCCCCGUGCUGAUCAUGGCCGACAAAGAGAGGAUCGUAGAGGUCGCAGCAUGCCAUUCAACACAUACUUCAGCAGCCAAGACCCAAAGCGGGCAGGUGUAUAUGUGGGGUCAGUGUCGGGGUCAAUCCAUCGUCAUGCCACGCCUCACGCACUUCACCAACACCGACGACGUCUUCGCCUGCUUCGCCACGCCCUCCGUCAUGUGGAGGCUCAUGUCUAUGGAGCACGACGACUUCCUGACGGUGGCGGAGGCUCUGAGGAAAGAGUUCGACAGCCCGGAAACGGCGGACCUUAAAUUCAGCGUCGACGGCAAGUGCAUUCACGUCCACAAAGCGGUGCUGAAGAUCAGGUGUGAACACUUCCGCUCCAUGUUUCGCUCCCAGUGGACGGAAGACCAGCAGGAGGUGAUCGAGAUCGGCCAGUUCUCUUACCCCGUCUACAGAUCCUUCCUGCAGUUUCUCUACACCGACACCGUCGACCUUCCACCUGAGGACGCCAUCGGCCUGCUGGACCUGGCCACCUCUUACUGUGAAAACCGCCUGAAACGUCUGUGUCAGCACAUCAUCAAGAGAGGGAUCACUGUGGAAAACGCCUUCACACUGCUGUCCGCCGCCAUACGAUACGACGCAGAGGACCUGGAAGUGUUCUGUUUUCGGUUUUGCGUGAACCACCUGACUCAGGUGACUCAGACCGGAGCCUUCUGGCAGGUGGACGGAGCGAUGCUCAAGGAGUUCAUCAGCAGAGCCAGCCGCUGCGGAGCCUUCAAGAACUGACUCGUACAAUUUCUAAACUAAUAUUACGACUAAGUAUGCGUGGUAGUGCUCCAAAAAAACUUCAGGUCUGAUCACAUUCCUAAGAGAAAGCUUUUUUUGAGAUGUUGAUUUGCAUAUUUACAGAGGCACAUACGCAGCAUCGUUCACAUGAUGGACUUGAAUUUAAGCUGCGUUAAUCGACGGACCUGAAGUCAGCACUUUGGCCAGUUCCUGUGGAGUCAUGGCGCAAUUUUUCCGUCACACUGCAUUGUAUUCUUCACAUGUAUACUUGAAUUUUUGCGGCCAGUGCUUCCACGUUCUGACAUGUCUUCCUUUACUUCUGGGAAAGUUAACAUGGGAGAACAAAAACUUCAGAGUCCGUGUCUCUGUUAGGGAGCUGAAAGAGACGUUUAGUUAAAAGAGCUUUGAUAACUGACUUACAUUGGCCAGGAGUACCACUGUAUUGAAACACAUCUUUGAGUUACAUUCUGCUUUCCAUUAAUGUAAAUCUUGAAGCUAUUGAGUUGAUCAAGAGAAGCUAGACCCCAUUUAGAGGCGUCAACAUACACAGAUGAUCCAGAUCCUACUGUGGGGUUGUUAUUAUGUACAUUUUGGAAGUUCAAAACCAUUGUGGGAUGUAUAAUAAUUUCCUUUUUAUACUGUUUUCUUUUGUAUGUUUAUUCUGCCUGACUUACGCUCUACGGCACUUUUUAAGACACUUCAAGUUCAGUAAAGCAGUAGUUUAAAACGCUGUGGAAAGGAAGACAUAUGUUGCAUUAGUUACAUUACUAGCAGAUUUUUAACUUCCUUUCCAAGUGUAAACGUUGUAAAAUGUAUCUAAGGCAGAUGGUAUGUUGCAGACGCUUUAUAUUCCAUUUUCCAUUUUCAACAAGCUGAUCUGAGGUGACUGUUUUAAUCUGUUUGCUAAUGUUAUUGGGGCAAAGAAGCAAACAGAAACGCAACAAACUCAGUAAGACCAUAAUGAUUCCUUAAUAGUUCCUUGGUAAUUUAUCACACUUCUUGCAGGGUUUUUUUCUGCAGAUAUGGUGAAAAUGCACAUGACACUGCAGGUUAAAGCAAUAUGAACCAAUGCUUUGUAGAAAUAAGUUAAAGGUAUUGUUUAUAUUCUGCUGCUUAUGAUGACCAAAAACUGCCUGCAGGUCCUAGUUUUUACUUUGUGUUGCGUCAUUGGGAGUUGUAGGAAAAAUAGAUGGAGUAAUCACAGUGUUAUUGGCUCAUGGCCAGCUGACUGGUCCGUUCAGUUUCUAUUUCCUCUGUUUGGUUUCUGUUUCUUGAUGCACUCAGAUGCUUGAAAGAACCAUUUCAAUUUGGUGUGAACACACCGGUAAGUAGGAUCUCUUGUUUAUUAUUGAAGCACAGUUUCAUUCAGGUUAUAGGUCACAGUUAUUUAAAGCUUUAGUGGAAUGAGGAGCAGGUUUACAGUCUUGUUUUAUAUUUAAAGCAAACUGACAAAAAUAAGAUUGUUUUGCUUACUUUAUUAAAAAGUAUGUUUUUCAACGUG